AUGGCAAAAACAACCAGGAAAACCGGGCAAACCUCAGGGAAUGUGCCAAAUCAACCUCUUCCACAAGGUGUAGCAGAAGAUGAGCCGCAGGUGGAGUUAGAAGAGGAGGAUAUGGAUUCUGAAACUUUGCAGACGAGUUUGAUUGCUGACAUGGACCACCAACAAAGGUAUGCCACUGCAGCCUUGGAAGCAGCCAUUCAAUUGGCACAAGGACAGCCUGCACCUGCUUCCCAACCGGAUCAGCCACCUGGUGCUCACCCACAACAAAAUCCGCAUUCAGAGCAUCCCCAGUAUCACCAUAAUCCACCGCAACCAAGGAAUCCUCAAAGGCCAGAGCAACCUCCUGCCGCUCAGCAGGAGAGGCCGGUUCAGGAUCCUGAACAACGACCACCCUCUCGCGCUAGUUGA